UAUGCUUACUUGAUGGCAGUGGUCUGUCAAAGCCAUGCCUCAGCCUUGCCUGCCAGUACCAGGACCCUGAGGGUUCGUACCAGUGUCCAGAGUGGUGCGACAUUGAUUUGAAUGGCACCUACAAGCCUUCCUACAAUGUAGCACCCACAAGUUAUUGCCCAGUGCUGGUUGACAACAGCAAGCUUGAUGACAACAUGCCAUCUAAGAGGGUGUUGGCCGCCAUGAAGUGGGGGCUUGUGCCGAGCUGGCAUCGAGGGGACCCGGCGGACUUCGAGCUGCACAAAUUCAAUUGCCGUGUGGAGGGCUGUAACAGCCGAAAGUGCUACCAGCCUGCGAUUGCAAAGGGCCGCCGUUGUGUGGUUGUUGCCGAAGGCUACUACGAGUGGAAAAAGCCCGCAUCUUGCGCAACCAAGGAGGCAUUUUUCGUCUAUUUCAAGCAACCAGCAGGCAUAUCUAUGGUCACACGGGAUUGGGACUGCAAUGGGAAGGAGAAAACUCUCUUCCAGGACGGCCGUUGGCAAGGUCCCAAGCUGCUGACAAUGGCCGCCAUAUUUGACAUCAACAAGGGUGUCUACUCAUUCAGCAUCAUGACCAUGGCAGCACCAGAAUACAUGGCAUGGCUGCAUGACAGGGUGCCUGUAAGUGACCCCGCUGAGUUUUGUGUCACUCUUCAAGUUCACAGAUCCUUAGAAGGUCCACACCCAUUGCCUCACAUCUGCAUGGUGACGAGGUCGGUCAGGCUCAGUGGCAGUGUGGUGGUCCCCAUGGCUACUCAGGCCGACCACGUCAUCUGCUUCGUACUGUCCAUUGUUCCGAAAUCUCGCAGUCUCACGUUCAUGCAGCGAGGGUCAUCGAGCCGGCGAGAUUUCACGCUGGCAAAGGUGGAUCGGGUCACGUGA